AUGGACAAUGAGGAGGACGAUGAUGGAAACUUCACCAAAUGGAUGAGUAGUUACUGGGGUCAUGGAGCUGAGGAAGAGCAGGCCAAAGAGAGGAAGAGGAGUUUCAGGAGACCCACACGUGCUAAAGCCGAUCGGCGUGCGUCCCUGCCAUGCAUGUCACAGUUUGAAGCUAUGCAGCUGAACCAGCUCCACGUUGCUACCAUGCCUCCUGCACCCGUCCACCUGAAAACACGGGAGGAGAAAGAGAUCAGGUCUCACCCUCGUGUCCGUCGCGUCUCCUCUGAUGACAACGGUCGCACUAAGUCCUCCGCAGAAAACCGCAUCACCCCCAUCCCAGAACUGACCGAAUCAUUCGAGCGCAGGCUACGCAUCCACAACCAGAAGGGUGACGCAGAUAACCACUGUCUGAUAUGUCGUGACAACGUUCGAGGUGGUGGAGGAGGAAUGCAGGAGCUCCAUUGCUCACAUCGAUUCCACAAGGAGGGGAGGAGGCCGGAUCAGGGGCUGCGUCCCCGCAGUGGGAGUUCUGCGGCCGCAUGCGAACGCCGGAAGGAAGUGCCGUUCUGCGCUGGACAAGAGGAGCAUCGUAUGCCUCGUCGUCAACUCUCGCUACGCAGGCAACGCUAA